AUGGCGGGUGAGAAGAGACUCUUGCAACUUAAUGAGCUAGAAGAGAUUCGACUUGAUGCUUAUGAAAGUUCAAGGUUGUAUAAGGAGAAGACUAAAAGAUGGCAUGACAAAGGGAUUUUGAGAAGAGAGUUUAAGAAAGGCGACUUAGUUCUCCUUUUUAACUCUAGGUUGAAACUCUUUCCUAGGAAAGUUCGCUCUCGAUGGUUAGGACUGUUCCGAAUUAGUAAGGUUUUCCCUUAUGGUUCAAUAGAGCUUUGGAACAAACAAAAUGGUACUUUCAAGGUGAAUGGUCAAAGAGUGAAACAUUACAGAGUCGGUGACCUCAUUAACGAGAGUGUGGAUAUCACACUUUCCAACCCUUCAUCGGAAUGA